AUGAGUAAUGCAUAAUUUGCAUAAAAAUUAUUGAGAUAUGAAGGAAGACUUUAUUCCUAGAAUUUGGAAAUGCAAAUAUAAACCUUACAAGAAGUUAAGUAAGAAUUUAAUGGAUAAUAUAAUCAUCAAAGUUUAAUGAAUAUGUUAGCUAAAUACUUUUCAUAUACAAGUAGUUUAGUUCAAAGAAUCAAAAUUAUUGAAAUCAUAUAACAAAAAUUCCCAAUUCUUGUAAAUCAUGUUGAGGAUUGGAAAUAAAUUGUCGAGUAUCUUUAAUAAGAGUGUUUUAGUAGCAAUCAUUAAGUAAAAUAUGAUUUUGAUUUUUAAGUUUAGGAUGUUAUCUCUCCAUGCCUUAAAUUCCAUAGUCCCAGUCUUGAAAGAACAAUAUAGCACUUUUCAUAUAGGAAUUUUUGAUAUUUUUAUCAAUGCCAGCUAUUAGAAAGAACUAUAUAUUGCUAGUCUCGCAUUACUAAAUACAGUCAGACUUCAUCAUUCCUACUCAUUUAUGAAUAAAAUAUCUUAGCUUCCUGAAAUUAAGAUAUUCAAAACCAAAAAGCUCACAAUACUUCUCAAAUGUACAUUAAUGGCCAGGGCUUAAUUUUGUAACACAUUUUGAUUUUAUUGAAUAGGUUUAUUUGAAUAACNUAUCAUAAAAUUAUUAUGAUCAGCAAAUCAUAAAUAUUUAUUUUUGUAAAAAUAACUUAAUUAAAUUUUUACUCGUUAAAUGAACUUGGAUUAAGCAUUCACAUUCGGUUAGGAUUGUUAUAAUCAAGAUUUAAUCAAUCCGUCUAAGCACCCUAAAAUAAGUAAAAAAUCACCAUUUUAUUCAAUUGUCAAACCAACUACGUAUUUUUGUCACAAUAAAAAAGAUCAUAAAAAAAUUAUAGAAUCAAGGAUACAUCAGUUUAAUAAUUAACAUAGACAAUAUAAAAAAAUAUGAAUAAGGAGAAUUAUAAUUCUCGUCAAUGUAAGGUUGUGUUACCUAAACAUACUCGAAAUCCAACAGAUCUGAAUUUAAUGAGAUUUGACACAUCUCCAAAUUCUCAAAUAGAAAUAUCCAACAAUUCAAGAGGGAUUAACUCGUAACAAGACAAUAACAGAAAGCUGUCAUUCAAUACUCCAAAUCAAACUAUUAGAACUUCAUUACCUCCUGUUAAUAAUAAUGAGAAAUAUAGAAAGAUAUCCUUAUCGAUGAAAGAACUCAUUUAAAAACAGAAAUACUGUUAUGAGAUUGGAGAUUAUGAAGAAUUGGAGGCUAUUUUUGAAAAACUAGAUUUACUUUGUGAUUAACUUUGA